AUGCCUCCACCUCAAGGACCACCAACAAAUGAUCAUCCGGAACUCAAGAUCGGCGGAUUUCACGAAUUCUGCUUUAUAGCGGCAGUUGUCCUCGCACAAUUUUUCUGUCUUGCAGGUCUGGGCCAAGCAAUUGCACCGGUCAAAAUCAUCUCAGCUGGAUUGGGUGUCAACAAUCCUGGUCAAGAAGCAUGGUUCUCAGCCGCAUACAGUCUCACCACCGGUACAUUUAUCCUGAUCGCCGGUCGACUUGGUGACAUCCUCGGUCAUAAACGCGUGUUUGUGUUCGGGUACCUGUUUCUUGGAAUCUGGUCCGGAUUUGCCGGGUUCAGUGCUUACGUCGGCAGACAGAUCUUCUUCGACGUCUGCAGAGGCAUGCAAGGCAUCGGCAGUGCGUUACUGGCUCCCAACGCUCUCGCACUGCUCGGACGCGCAUACCCUCCUGGUAUCAAGAAGAAUCUCACCUUUGCGUUGUUCGGCGCCAUGGCACCAUGGGGGUUUGUGAUCGGUGCGCUCUUCGGAGCUCUCUUCUCGCAAACCACGUGGUGGCCCUGGACUUUCUGGAGUUACGGUGCCGCAGCAUUCGGCAUGUCAGCUUUCUCACUGCUCGUCGUGCCUAAACAGCUAGCCAAGGAGGCUCAAUUCGCAGGCGUCACGCAUGUACCCGGUUUUGACUGGACCGGCAGUGCGCUGGGUGUCAUUGGACUUGUACUUGUCAACAUUGCAUUCAACAAUGGACCCUUGUACGGAUGGUCCACACCUCAUGUAUACUUUGUUCUCAUCAUCGGACUCCUGGUACUGGUAGCGUUCUUGUGGGUAGAACGUCGGGCUUCGUCUCCCCUUCUGCCUGUCUCCGCCUUCAACGCAACAGUCACUUACACCAUGGCUUUGAUCGGCAUCGGUUGGGGCAGUUUCGGAAUCUGGAUCUACUACUCAUGGCGCUUCCUCGAAGAGUUCCGUCACUUGUCGCCGCUCAACGUUUCUGCUCAAUUCACGCCCGCCUUGGUAUGCGGACUCAUCGCUGCAGGUGCUACCGGGUUCAUGCUCACGCAUACUCCUGUAUCAUUCACAAUGUUGAUCGCCAUGCUGGCUUUCUUUGUGGGUCAGGUCAUCACUGCCUUUAUGCCUGUCAACCAAUCUUACUGGCCGCAAAUGUUCGUCUCAAUCCUCAUCAUGCCUUUUGGUAUGGAUAUGUCCUUCCCUGCCGCCACCGUCAUUCUCUCCAACCACAUGCCUCGCGAGCAUCAAGGUCUUGCGGCGUCGUUGGUCAAUACCAUGGUCAACUACUCCAUCUCACUGGCGUUGGGUAUCGCCGGCACAGUCGAGGUCUCAGUCAUGACUCAUGAUGGCACAAUCACAGAUUCGAUAUGGGGUGUCCGUUGCGCGUUCUUCACAGGUCUCGCUCUUGCUGGCUGCGGCCUUUUACUAGGUGUUUCGUACUUUGUCAAGUCGAUGGUCAAGGAAGGCUGGAAAGUUGCGCAGCACUAA